AUGAAGGCCAUUUCUGCUAUUGUCAGCGGCGACGCCGCCGCCAAGGACAAAGCCUUCGCGGAAGGUCUCUACAUUGCCGGCAGCCGAUACGUCAUGGCCCGAGCCGAUGGUCGGAGUAUCUACGCCAGACAGGGUCGAUUGGGUGUUGCCAUCGCCAAGACCAAGCAGGCUAUUGUUGUUGGCCACCACGGCGAGACUGGAGUCGCCGGCAAUGCUAGCUCGACUGUCGAAGGACUGGCUGACUACCUUAUUGGUCAGGGAUACUAG